AUGAAUAGAGAUCAAAAAAAUGCAGUAAAUGGCAAUCAAUGGCGUUCAGCUAAGGAUGCAAAGGGCAGAAUAUACUACUAUAACCUUAUAACUAAAGAAUCAAAAUGGGAGAAACCAAAGGAAUUAUUACCUAUUACAGCUGCAACCUCAACCACGGUUCGGACCUCUACUAUAUCCACGAAUAAUGCAAAGACGAAUAUUAAGAUAGAGAAGGAUGACGCAUCGAUAAUGGAAAAUAUUGGUUGGAAAUCUAAUGUUACUGCUGAUGGUAAAACGUAUUAUUACAAUCUUAAGACAGGUGAAUCUCGUUGGGAUAUAUCUGCCUUAAUUAAACAAUAUAAAGAAAAAUCCCAGACCAAGGGACAAAACCAGCAAGUAUUAUCUUCGAAACUUUCCCCAUCACCAGCCACUACUACUAUCUCAGUUAAACAAGAAAUUGAUACCAUCGGAACGAGCAUACCGUCUCAAACUGCUGCUGAUGGCACUUCCGAACCAGAAGAGCUUCGGGAAUAUUCUAAUGAAUCACCGAUUUUAACAAUCAUAGCGAAGUCUCAAGAGGAUGCCGAAAGGGAAUUUAUGAAUAUGUUAAAGGAGAAUGAAGUUGAUUCCACAUGGUCAUUCGAUAAAAUUAUCAAAGAAUUAGGGACAAAGGAUCCGAGGUAUUGGAUUAUUGAUGAUGAUCCAUUAUGGAAACAAGAAAUGUUUGAGAAAUAUUUGUCUAAUAGAUCUGAAGAUCAAUUAUUAAAGGAACAUAAUGAAGUUAGUAAAUUUAAAGAUGCAUUUUUGAACAUGCUUUCAAAUAAUAGUGAGAUCCAUUAUUAUACGAGAUGGCCUACUGCGAGAAGGAUUAUUGAAAAUGAACCUAUUUAUAAACAUUCUGUUGUGAGUGAAACAAUUAAGAAGAAAUCAUUUUUAGAAUAUGUUACGGGAUUAAAAUCGAAAUAUGAAGAAGAACAAAAUAAAUUGAAAAAGCAAGCGUUACAAGAAUUUAAUGAUUAUUUAGAUUCAAUCAUUACAAAUAAUCAGGGUGACGAUGGGAUUAUAAUCUCUUGGGAAACGUUAUUAAAUAAUUAUCUUUUUGAAAAAAAUAAAAGAUUUAUGGCUAAUAAACAUUUCAAAAUUUUAACUCAUGAGGAUAUCUUAAUAGAAUAUUUAAAACGUGUUAAAUUAAGAGAAGAAGAAUUAAUUAAUGAACUUUCCAAGAUAGAUGAAAUGAAUUAUACUCGUGAUAGAAUUGCAAGGGAUCAAUUUAAAAAAUUAUUGAUGGAAAAUGAUUCGAAAAUCAAGGCAAAUUCUCAAUGGAAAGAUUUUUAUUCUGAGUUUAAAACCCAUGAAAGUUUCCAAAAUAUUAUAGGUAGGAAUGGAUCUACUUCAUUAGAUUUGUUUCUUGACGUUGUUGAUGAUAAAAAAUUAAUUAUAGUUGGGAAACGAUCUGUUGCCCAACAAGUAUUGAUUGAUAAUAAUUAUGAAUGGUUAUAUGAUGGUAUAGAGAGAGAGAUGUACGAUAAAGAUUAUGAAAAUAUUGAUAAAAUACUGGUUAUGGACAGGAGUUUCCAAGAUAUAGACAAGAUAGACUUACAAUUAAUAAUUGAUCAAAUAAUUCAUUCAAGGAUAGAGAAGAAAGAAAUACAAAUAGAAACUGAAAAAAGAGUAUUGGAACAGAAGAAGCAUUAUUUCAAAUUAAUGCUUCAUAAUUAUUUUAGAAAUGUACGGGCACCAUUAUCAUUGACAUGGGAUAAAAUGAAAGAGAGUAUAUAUGAAACAUUAGAAUAUAAGAAUUUGAAAGAUGAUGAAGCUACUAUGAAGCAAAUAUUUGAUGAGCUGCAAAACGAAAUUAAAAACACACCAUCAAUACAAGGGAAUAAUACGGUAAUACCGCAACAACAACAAGCUGUGUCACAAAAGAAGAGACAUUUGACGCCGUCAGUGGAAUUAGACUAUUGA